UGUAUGUAUGUUCUAGGUUGCCAAACAUUUGGGGACAUCUUCCAGCUGCCUCACACUUCCUUGCUGUAUCAUUAUAUUCUUCUCACAAGCGUUUUUCCCUUUUCUUUUCUGCUUCACUUGGUGCCAGAUGUCUCUGAUCCAGACCUUGGGAUUUUUCGACGUGUAGUUAUAGUGUUGUACACAGAUUAUAUACAGCAAUGCAGCCGACCCAUGUACAUUGACAGAAUGAUUCUGCUUGUUGUUGGGAACCUGGUUAAUUGGUCUUUUGCAAUUUUUGGACUGGUAUAUCGGCCACGGGAUUUUGCUUCUUACAUGCUGGGCAUUUUUAUCUGUAAUCUUCUGCUGUAUCUUGCCUUUUAUGUCAUCAUGAAGCUCCGCAGUUCAGAGAGGCUAUUGCCUUUCCCUCUCUUUUGUAUUGUGGCCACAGCUGUGGUUUGGGCUGCAGCUCUUUAUUUCUUUUUCCAGAACCUUAGUAGCUGGGAGGAAACCCCAGCACAAUCUCGUGAAAAAAAUAGGCCGUGUAUCCUUCUGGGAUUCUUUGAUGACCAUGAUAUCUGGCACUUCCUCUCCGCUGCUGCCUUGUUCUUCUCAUUCUUGGGCCUGCUCACCCUGGAUGAUGACUUGGAUUCUGUGCCAAGAAACAAGAUACCUGUCUUCUGAGAUACGGGAUAAGAACAGUAUUUGAUGCUUCACAGUGAAAUUUACUGUUGUGGUGCAGUCAGAACAGAACACCAAGUACACAUUGGAAAGAAGCUUCUUAUAAACAAUUCCUAUAUCGGAAAACCUGAACACAGCAAAAAUCAUGUCCUCGACAUCAGCUGGAUCAGAUCUAUAGUAUAAUACAUUAUGUUGUACAAUUAUGUUGAUUACAAAUCAAGCUGGGGUGUUCACAGGCUCUCUUGAGCCAUUCUUCACUUUCUUAUAAUGGAUAAAAUUUAUUCCCAACAUUGUAGUUUCUCCACCAAGUGCACACUGAAUGAUUGUCCUUUUGGCUACUUAUGUUCUGUUGCUUGAUUGGUCAGAAUUACUUUAUACAGUACUGAAAUAUCCCUGAGGUCCUUAUGUAAAGCAUUUUGCAACUGUCCUGUUUGUUACAUAAAAUGAUAAUAGCCCAUUCUUUUUGUAGUGGAAGACACAUUGAAGAACUCCAUCUCUUUUCUUCCUACAGUACUUUAGACAAUGUGAAUAGCAGAACCCACCUUUUCAGAGGGAGGACAGUAUCUUAGAAUACACUUCUUUGUACAGAACGUAUGUUCCCUGCUCACCUGGAAGGUGGCUUUCCUCUCCAUCAGACUGUCAUAUGCAUUAUAACAUUUAACUUAGAUGUUUGGUUCUCCAACAGGUAAUCCAGGUGCAGUAUUGCAAUGUUACUUACCCAUGCUAGUCAUCUAUCACUUGACUAUUGCUAGUGGUGAAUUCUUUUCUGAUAACCUACAAUCUCUUAUUUGCUGUUCUUUUAAACUCCCGUGAAAUAACUAUGAUGUUGGUAAGAUGGAAAAGAUCCUAUCUUCUACCCUAUUGUUUAAACCCCAAAUUACGUUCAGAGGAUGCUGUGUACAUGUUUGUGCCAUGCUUUGCUAAGUCUGAAUUAAAGCAUGUCUCAGUAUUAUCAACAUGAAUUACUUAAAGAGGUGUUUGUUAAACUUUUAACUAUAUUUGUUCUCCUAGUGAUUAUUUAGCAGCUAAUGACACAGCCCAGUUGUCUAUCAAUUCAAUUAGGUUUAAAAAAAAAAUAUUAAAGACUGGAAUUCUGCGUCGGCUUUUCCAGGGCUACUAUGUUAAACUUGCUGUAUAUUUAAAGGAAAUCUGAGAACAAAGGAGGUUUCUUCUAUCCAGAGGUCUUGUCUCUUAUGCAUGCCUGGUAGGUCUGGAUCUGAUUCCAGAAGGGUGCUUCAGAGAAUGCAGGAGUCCUAAUGGAGCCCUUCAGCAAAGCAACUGCAUCUUUUCCUAAGCAUGCUCCACGCCAGUGUUUUUCAAACUUGGCAACUUUAAGAUGU